AUGGACAUCGACCCCAGCUACCCUCUCUCUCCCGCUCCUCACCCCUCGAGCUACACCGUCCUCCGAAUCAAGCGGAAGGCUACAGAACCAGCCUUGUCCUCUCUUGUCAUCCAAGACGAAUCUCGAGCAAAGAGGCGGCGGGAUAUCGCUGGGCGACCGAGGGGCGUAUUCAGACUGGCGGAUACUGUGCCCGGGACAUGGAUUGGGGAAGGGGAGGAAGGGAAGGUGCUGAAGACCAGGAUCCAAGGUCUGCUAUCAUCAGGAGCUUCGCCUUCGCCCAUUACUAGCCCUCCUGUAAAGAGCCCGACUGCAGAACCACCCGCUCCAUCACUUUCCCAUCCCACGUACUCCUCCGCACAACUACCUCCCUUAGACUUGCCCUCGUCUCACGAGCCGGCUUCCACGUCUGCCCAAACGGUUCCUCCGGUAGCGCAGCCGGUACAGCCUCCAGUGGAGAGACGGUCAUCUCAGGCUCGAGCUCAGAUGCAGUACCGGGUGAUUCCACCCAUGUCGCCUCGGACGAAAGCAAUGAUGCCUCCCCGGUUGAUCACCGCCGCAGAGACCGAGGGGCGUGAUCCUGCUUUGGUAUUCGUCGAUGCCCAAGCGGUAGAAGAUGCUCGGAGAAAGAAUGAUAUAGAAGAGGAUAAAGAGGUGGCAGCGUUCUUGCCGAUGCUACAAGAGUACUUGAAACUGGAGGAGGAGGCGAAACAGCAGGCGGCCAAAGAGGAGAGUAACGAUGACUGGGUCUAUGAUCUGUACUACAGAGACACGAGCGGGUCUGUGCCUCUAGAUCUCGGAGUGGGAGACGGGGUGUCUAUUGGUCAACUACUCGGCCUUGAAGACGGCUCUCCACCUUCUUCGGUGUCUGGUUCCGAACCAGAGGACGAAGCAGACGAAGAUUCCAAUGACGAGGACUACUACAGGAACGAUUAUCCCGAGGAUGAGGAUGCAGACGAGGACAUGAUGGGCUUUAGAGGAGGAGAUGACGAUAGUGAUUGGAGCGAGGAGGAGCAGGAGGAUGAUUAUGAUAGGGACGAGUGGGGUUACAGGGAUUGA